AUGAUUCUAUCUUUACAGGCGGCUCAUAUUGUUUCUCACAUGAUCAAGUACUCACCAAAUGACGUCUUCAUGGGUUUAACCAGAUCACUCGGUGUUGGCCUCUUUAGUCCUGCUGAAGGACCAACUGUUUUCCCCGAAAAUUCUAAUCUUGCAGAUUAUCCAGAAUGCUACAACAGAUGUUCGGGUAAAUGUUCAGUCACGUGUACCUUUGACGGCCGGAAAUGGCAGUCCAUUGCUGGGCUGACCAACACCAGGGCUUGUGUUCUUGCUGAAAAUGUCAUGUGUUCUCCAGGUGAUCCAUACGGUCAUUCAGAAAGCAUUUUGAACCAUGAAUUCGGACAUCUUGUUCAUAGAUUUAUGCCGCAAAUGUGGAAAAAUAAGAUUGGGGCUGCUUACAGAAAUGCCUAUAAUAGACAACUGUGGACCCUCGGUACUUAUGCUAUGGCGAAUGCCCAUGAAUACUUUGCAGAAGCAACAGAAGCAUUUUUCUUAGACUCCAAAAGGACGGACGUAACAGGCGGUAUGAAUAUGUGCGGUACCAACAGAGUGUGUCCUAAUGAGAAAAGCGCACGGGAAUACCUCAAGAGACAUGAUCCAGCACUCUACGAAACCUUGGUUUACGCUUAUACAGAUGGAAGGCCAAACAUGGCCAUGGGACUGAAAAUAUGUGUUGAUUAACUGUAAACUUUACAGCAAUUAAACCUGAACUAUAUCUA